UGCCGUUCAACUUUCUUACUACAUAUACAUACUUAUAACAAUAACUAAAUUUAUGAAAAAUUCGACAUGAACCCUCAUGGCUCCUGGAGUUAUGUAUGAACUUUGUAAGUCUCUACGUUCUGCAGUUUAGCCACACAUUGGAAUACUUUGUUUUUGUUUUGAAAUAUCUCCUUCCAUCAAACACCCAGUCAUUGCAUUGGCGACUUGGCUCCCACGUCACUGUUGACAAUCAUAACUUGGAAGUCGUAGAUAAUUUCGUCUAUCUUGGAAUCAGCAUUAAUACGAACAACAACGUCAGCCUCGAAAUCCAACGCAGACUGCUGCUACUUUGGACUGAGUAGGCAAUUGAGAACUAAAGUAGUCUCUUGACGAACAAAGUCCAAACUCUAUAAGUCCCUCAUUAUAUCCCAUAUAGCAGAUAUGGUGUGUAGGCAUGGACAGCAUCAUUUCUGAUGAGCCGUACUUAGGAGUGUACAAGGCUCUGCGGAAGAUUUAUGGUCCUUUAUUUAUUAACAACGGUGAAUACCGCAGUCGAUAUACGGCGACAUUGACAAAGUUUAGCGAAUCAAGACACAGCGGAUGCGCUGGCUGGGUCAUGUUGCCCGGAUGGAAGAGAACACUCCAGUUUUGAAGCUUUUCGAUUCAGUACACGUCGGUGGAAGCAGCGGAAGAGGAAGACCACCAUUCCGUUGGAGAGAUCGAGUGGAGAAGGACCUGCCUGCAAUUGGUAUCACGAGUUGGGGCCAAGUAGCAAAAAAGGCCGGGGCGCUGUUGAUAACUCCGUCAUAACCGGUGUCUACGCCAGUAAAGAAGAAGAAUAUGUUGUUCUUCAAGUAUGCUUACGAAAUUCUUCGAAUAGAUCAUUUACUGAAAUGUGCACGACUGCCAAUGAGAGCGUUAAUAUUUAACUGAAAAACUUAGAAAAUCGAUUGAUAAGAUCUUUGAAAUAUUUACAUAAUACUAAUAAUAGCAUAAUAUUUAUAUUGAAUGAGCAUAUUACAACUAAUUUUUUAUACUACGAAAGCGUUAUGACUUAAAAAUAUGUUAUAAAGGGUGCUCGUUUAUAAACUAUGUUUUUAAUAAAUUCAUUAAAAGAGAAAAGUUAGUUUUAUAGAUUUUGGUGUUAGAUGAGAAAGAAUUAUAAAAAGGUCAAUACGAUAGCGUCUUUUAAAGAUCGUUCAUCUGAUUUUACAUCCUUUUUGGUCAUGGCUGCUUAUCGGAAUAGACCGAUGACUUGGUUUAUGAAACCCGUACUAGAUAGAAAUUUUUCUGGUAAUAAAGUUAAGAAAGUCUCAUCACGAUUGUAGAGUGCGACGCAGUCCCCAUCGGAGGUGGCAGAAGAAGAGGAAGACCUCCAGUCCGUUGGAAAGAAUAGGUUGCAAUUUCCAAUUGGCGCCAAACAGCGAAAAGGAAGAACGUCUGACUGUUGUAAACUCGACUAUAACAGAGUAAGCGGUGUCUACGCUAAUAAAGAAGAAGAAUAAGUCUCUGGAAGGUUAUUUACCAAACUGUAUUGUACAUAAGUUUCAAAAAACAUGUUUUACUUUGACAGCUUGUUAGACAGACAUCAUUACAGAAAAAUAUAAAUAUGUGUAUUAUGAUUAUGAUAUGAUUCUUUGGAUCACCCUAUAUAAACACAUAAGUGUUAUAGUACAUACCUGGAAAGCACAAAAUUUUAGGGAAAUGUUUUCAUUGGUUAUACCUGGAAUUAGAGACACAUAUUGAGCUCCAGCUAAGAAAAACUGGCUGCCGGGCUUGCUUUAAAUACAGUCUGUUGUGGCAACUGUUAAAUAGAAGUAUAUUAACCUGAAAUAGUUACAAAUUUAUUAAAAUAAUAAUAAUUUUUAAAUUUCUGUAAUAUCAUCACUUUACUGCCGGAUUACCACAAUGAAAACUGAAAUCUUCUUCAUUGCAUUAUUAAGUGCAGCAACAAUUAGUGCGCUGAGUCUUGAGGGUUACAAAUGUAGCGAACAUGUUAUAUUGACUGGCAAUCCUGUGACGCCAAUACGUACGGUACGUAUCUGUGGUGUGCAGGAUUAUGAGGCGUCGCCAAGCUAUGUUAACUAUCAAAUUUCUACAGAAUUUGAGAAAACAGCAUAUCCUUUGGUGACCCUGGACGGCUUUUUAAAUAGUUUAAAUUCGGUCAAUCCAUCGUUGUCUUCAGCUUCUGCUCCACCUCAGUUAACCUCGAAUGAACUGCAGCAACUGUCUCCGGUAAUUUUCCAAGCGGUGCCAAUAUUGACGCGAUUCUAUGAAGCACUAAAACAUACUUCAAGCCGUGACACAGAUCUCAACUCAAGUAAUUUCGAAGAAAAGUAUCAAGUCGUGGAACAAAAAUUGAGUUCAAUUGCUGAGGACGCUUCACAGACGAAGCGCUUGUUCGAUGCAGCCGCCGUGUCUGUGAAGAAUAUACUCGAUGCUUUGAUGAAUACGAAAGCGCAGAGAGACAUUGAUGUCAACGUCCAUUUAGAACCCUCCUUUGAAGCUUUACUAAAAAAGUUCCUUGAAGUAGUUACAGUAGAUAAGACUACAGAACAACUUGUUGAUGUUCACACAGCAAACCCCACAGCAGUGUCUAAAGAAAGUAAUUCCAAUGAAAAUGAUAACGAAGAACAUGAAAAUACUGAGGAGACUACGGAGGAUUAUAAUAGUUGGAUUCGUUUGCAUUUCGGACCAGUUACAACGACGACAACGUCGCCCACGGCUACCGAAGAUUAUUCUGACGAGAGCUUUUACUCGACAAGUAAUGAGAGUUCGGAAGAGAACACAUCAAUUGCACAGCAGUAACGCUAAUAUUUAUUUCAACUGUGAUAUACUAUAAUAUAACUAGCGUAUGUAAAAAUUAUUGUUGAGGAAUUUUCUAGAAAUACAUAACUACAUUUCAAUAUACAU